AUGACCCAGGUUACCACUACCCCAUCAAUGCUACAAGUUGAUGAUUAUUAUGUCAAUUUUAGAAGAAUUCCAGGAUUGUGGAUAUACAACUGGAACGCCUCCAAGCUCCCGCCAAGUGCUCUGAUCUUCUCGCCCCAAAAAAGAAGGCUUUCGAUUUUCCCACAAGGCUCUCGCCAAUCCCCUUGCUCUCCAGAGACGCUACAAGAAAUCUUCGUUCAUUCUCUCCCCGACGACCAUAAUGUAGUCGUGCUAUCGAAGCAGUCGUCGCUGCUCCUGACCUACAUCCGCAAAGAAUAG